AUGCUUUGGACCAGUUUUCGCUCUGCCUUUCGUGCCUUUCGUCUCGUCUACCGAACUAGCUACCAGUUUCCUGCAAACGGCGCCAUCGUCUGGCCCUCCCCCGCUAUACCAACGGUCGCUUUUCGCACAUCUUCUACUGGCCUUGGACGUCGAGCGUUGCACCAAGUUUCAAUCCUCGAUAUGGAGCGGAUUGACACUACCGGCCGCCUCUCGAGGCUUAGGGAGCUGAUGAAGGAGCGCAAGAUCGACGUCUACGUCAUCCCCUCCGAAGACUCCCAUGCCUCGGAAUAUAUCGCUGGCUGCGACGGUCGCCGAGAAUUCAUCUCUGGUUUCAGUGGCUCUGCCGGCUGCGCUGUCGUCACUUUGGACAAGGCUGCGCUGGCUACCGACGGAAGAUACUUCAACCAGGCUUCCAAGCAGCUUGACCAAAACUGGCUGCUGCUGAAGCAAGGUCUCCAAGAUGUUCCUACAUGGCAAGAAUGGUCUGCCGAACAAUCUGCUGGCGGCAAGGUCGUCGGCGUUGACCCCGAACUCAUCACGGGUUCCAUAGCCAAGAAGCUCGCCGAAAAGGUCAAGAGAUGCGGCGGUUCUGAUUUGCUACCUUUGGAUGAGAACUUGGUAGACCUUGUGUGGGCUGCAGACCGUCCGGCUCGCCCCAAGAACCUUGUCAAGGUGCUGCCCGAGAGAUUUAGUGGCAAGGACGUCAAGAGCAAGCUCAAGGACCUGCGCCAAGAACUGGAAAAGAAGAAUUCACCUGCCUUUGUUGUGUCGAUGCUCGACGAGAUUGCCUGGCUCUUCAAUCUUCGCGGCGACGACAUUCCUUACAAUCCCGUCUUCUUCUCAUACGCCGUCAUUACCCCCGACUCAGCAACCGUGUAUGUCGACGAGUCCAAGCUUGGAGAAGAGACUCAGGCCUACCUUGCAGAUAAUGACGUCGUUAUCAAGCCUUACGAAGCCGUUUUCGAUGCUGUAAUCGCUCUGCGUUCUACGGUCAAGUCAGCUGAGCCAGUGACUGGGGUCACAGCUCAGAGGUUCAUGAUUUCCAACAAAGCAUCUUGGGCAUUGAAGCGAUCCCUUGGCGGAGAUGGUCAAGUUGACGAAGUGCGAAGUCCUAUCGGGGACUCCAAGGCUGUGAAGAACAAGAAUGAAAUGGCCGGCAUGAGGGCUUGUCAUAUUCGCGAUGGCGCUGCCUUAAUUGAGUACUUUGCUUGGCUGGAAGACCAGCUCGUGGCAAAGAAAGCCAAGCUGGAUGAAGUCGAAGCGGGCGACAAGCUCGAGCAGCUGCGCACAAAGCAGAAAAAUUACGUCGGCCUUUCAUUCGACACCAUUUCCUCGACUGGCGCGAAUGCCGCUGUGAUCCACUAUAAGCCGGAGCGAGGGGCAUGCAGCACCAUAGACCCCAAUUCCAUUUACCUGUGUGACUCUGGGGCUCAGUACCUCGACGGAACCACCGACACCACGAGAACACUGCACUUUGGACAACCCACAGAAGCCGAGAAGCUGGCCUACACCUUGGUGCUAAAGGGGAAUAUUGCUUUAGACACUGCGAUAUUUCCAAAGGGCACUACGGGCUUUGCGCUUGACUGCUUAGCUCGCCAGCACUUGUGGCGAGAAGGUCUCGACUACCGCCAUGGAACCGGCCAUGGCGUUGGGUCGUACCUCAAUGUACACGAGGGCCCCAUCGGAAUCGGCACCAGAGUCCAGUUUGCUGAGGUCGCUCUUGCACCAGGCAACGUAGUGUCGAUCGAGCCAGGAUUUUACGAAGACGGAUCAUAUGGCAUUCGGAUCGAGAACGUCGCCAUGGUGACCGAAGUCAAAACAAAGCAUUCUUUUGGCGACAAGCCCUACUUAGGGUUCGAGCAUGUCACUAUGGUCCCAUACUGCCAGAAUUUGAUUGAGCCAAGUCUCUUGACAGCGGAAGAUAAGGCGUGGCUUAACAAGCACAACGCGGACAUCUUCGAAAAAACGAAGGACUAUUUCCAGAACGACCCCUUGACCCUAGCGUGGCUAACGCGGGAGACGCAGCCUUUCUGA